UAACAGAUGUUUCAAAACAACAUUUUCAAGAUAAAAUGCAGGCUUCCAUGAUCAUCUUGGCUAUUGGGCUAAUCUCAUGUACUCAGGGCUUCACAAUCUCUCAAACUGUUCUAACUACAGACCUAGAAGAACAUCCGGAGAAAAUCUACAAUAUGCUUAGUUUAAAUAAUCUAGGGAAAGGUGAUGACGAUGAUGAUGAUGAUGAUGCCACCUGUGGAACCAUCGGAGCCGCUUGCGAUCCUAAAAAUCUUUGCUGCACUGGUUUAAACUGUCUGAACAUCGUGAUCGGUACCAAGUGCUUCCCAUUGUCCUUCAUGGUGUCCACCAAUCCCCAGGACCCCUCCACCUUCUCCUCAAACAACAAGCUCUUCAAGAACUUCAUGAGACUCAAAAGAAAGAAUAAUUAGAGGCGAAAGAACUAGUUUGCUGACUGUUUAGUGAAGGAUACAAAUAAAAUAAAAAUCUUAUCUGUAACUUUUAA